CCCACCCCCGAAUUUGGAGGUGAGUGUAGUGCCAUCGGUUGGCUGGAUGUUCAUUCAGCUCCCAGCGCGGUCCGCGGUGCCCCAUGCCCCGCUGCAGAGGAGCUCUGCCAGGCGUCGCUGGUUCAGCGAGGCGAAGCCCAGGGCCACCCGCUCUUCCGCUGGCUUCGGAUGCCUCGCGGCCGCGGCUGCUGCCGCGAGGUCGUUGCGGACGGCUUGCCGAGCCGAGGCCCCGGCAGCAGAGUGGCACAAGGCCCGGCGGAAGGCCAUACUGCGCCGGUACCCCGAGCUGGGGGAACUUCGCGGCAGCGACGCGCGCACCCUGCCGCUACUGGUCUUUGCCAACGCCGCGCAGCUGGGCCUCGCCUGCUUCGCGGGCUUCUCGCUGCAGACCAGCGACAACGAGGCACUGAGCCUUUGCGGGGUAGCGGCCUUGGCAGUUGCCGCGGGCGGCACCCUUUCGCUGUGCUCCUUCUCCGUGCUGCACGAUCUUUUACACGGCACCUGCCUGCGUGGAGAUCGCACAACGCGGGAGCAGCUGCUGUUUUGGCUGAGCUUUCCCACCAUCUUCGGGUACCACCUGUACCUGCAGAGGGGCCACCUGUCGCACCACCGGAACCUCGGCCGCGCCUCGAUGGGGCAGCUCUUCGAGUCGCAGCGCCUCAACUUCGAGGACGGGGACGUGCUCUUCGUGGCACACCGCCAACCCUUGCAGGGCCAGCCCUUCGAAGUCGCGCUGCCUUUCACGGACCUCAGGGUGUCGCCCUCCAUCUCCCACAAUGUGCUCACCAGGCUCUGGGAUCGCUCGAAAGGGCAGAGCCCAGAUGCCCGUGCUGUGAGGAACGGCGCUCUCUAUUGCUUCUCCAUGAUCUUCGAGCGCUGCGCGCUUGCCGUCAACGACAAGAUCGUCGCCCUCUUUGGCCGCAAUGCAUUUUUCCUGCAAAAGCCUGCAGCUUUUCACGACAGCUGCGCAAAGUAUGCGCGGGUGGCCGCGGUAUUGCAGGUGCUGCUCUACAUGUAUUGCGGCCCUGGGGCUCUGCUCUAUUUGCUGAUAGCUGAGGUGGCGUGGCAGCUUCCUAUCCACCCGGGCUGCGCCAUGUUUGUCUCCAACCACGGCAGCGCGCGCACGGCGGACGGCGGCUGUGCGCCCACCUCCUCCCUCUAUGUGGACGAGCCCUGGGGGUGGUUCGACUGGGUGUGCAUGUUUUCCAACUACCACCUGGAACAUCACGACUUCCCCGACGUGCCGCUGUUGAAGCUGCCGGAGCUCCGCACACGCGCGCCGGAGUUCUAUGGCCUCCCGUCGAAAGCUGAGAGGGUGCCGUCCAAUUUGGCGGUGGCGACUCCGGCGGCCACGAACUGGUUAGCCACUGUGCACCGCAGCUUCGCCGAACCGGAGCCCUACGUCUGAAUAUGUCUUUCCCCGCGAAGGAGAUGGCCUUCUGCCCAACCCAAGCUGAAGGCCUGCUCUGUGGUGAAUGGGGUGGAUGAUGAGUAUGCUGGGGAGGAAGAGGUCUGCCAGUGAGUUGAGCUUCAGAUGCCAAAGGGGCCGAUGAUCCACCCAAAAACGAGAGGGGCCUAGCAGAUGCGUUCUCAACUGUCGUCUGUCCGAACCUCCCGAAACCCAAACAUUGUGCGGGGGCGGCCUCAUCCAUUCCUGUCGCCUUUCGG